CAUUGAACGUUUUGUCUACAACAACAACUCAAGCGAUCAAAAUGUCCUUCCGGCUGAAAUUUUAGGCGCACUUUUUAUUGGCGUGAUCCUUAAUAACGAUCCCUUAUCAUGACUUCUGAAGAGCAUAAGAGUUCAGGCAUGAAGGCGUUCAUGAUGCCUGUGCGGAUAUCCCAGGCUGGCACAGACCCUGCAGUUGGGCAGAAGGUGGUGCAGCCCAAGAUGGAGGUUAGUGCUGGCCAGAUUGUGGUGAGCCAUGCUGGCCAGAUUGCCGGGACUCACAGAGUGAUUGCCUCCCAUGGCACUGACCCCAACUCUCAGAACACCAUCAUCAUCAUUCCAGCCCAGUCUGGGGAACAUGGCGAUGGCCAAUCGGUGACAUACCAAAUACUUCCCCAGUCCAGUCCUAUGAAGACCACAGCAGCUACUCCAGGGAAGGUCCAAGUUCAAAUCCAUCAACAGCAGCAGACCCAGCAGCAGCUUCAGCAGCCUAAACCUGCAGUCAAAUCUCCACACCCAGCCUUGGCCCAGGUCAGAAGGGUCAUACAGGGAAAUCUGGGUACCCCGGGCGGGGCCGAUAUGGCAGCCCUUAUGAAAGUACAAAAGGAACCGACCCGCGCCCCUGACCUUGACCCAUCUCUCACGAUAACUGUAGACCCUAAAAAGCAGUCGAAGGAUCAGCGGACAUUGACGCUUCCUCCUGUGUCAAUGGAUUCCCUUGUCACUACAAACCUGUGUAUAGAAAUUGAGGUAGACGAUGCUCUGAGUGUUGGAGAACUGGACAGUUGUAAAUUGAAAAACGGGAAAACUAAAUACUUCUUUAAGAUUUCUAAGAUGAAAAUUCCGAUGAAAGCUGAGCGGUUUGGGUUGACGCCUAGAUCAAACCCACGUGUGACAAUAGUAGGAUCGAAGAGGAAGAACAACAUUGAUGAUAUAGAUUAUGAGGACGAAGAAUUUGAAGAAAUGGAGCUGGAGCAGACACCAGCUAUUGUGAGGAAGACUCUGAAAAAAAUGAAAUUGGACACUGCUGGCUCGGAAGGUGAGGAAGACGAAAAUGAAAGUGGGGAAGAGGAGAAAGAAGAGGAGGAAGGUGAAGAGUCUGAGCAAGAGAAUGUGAAACCAGCAAAGGCAACUGAAAUGAAGGAUGAUGGUACAUUUGAUGAAAAUGAUGAAAACUUUGAUGCCAGUGUAGGUGAUGAUGAUGAUGAUUUUGAGGAAGAAGUAAAUGAAGCAGAGGAGGAAUCUGAAGAAGAGGAAGAAGAUGACGAAGAAGAAGAAACUGGCAACAAAAAAGGGUCUGCAAAAAAAGGCAAGAAGUCUGCGAGGAAAACAGCCAAAAAGAGUGCUCCUAAGAAACGGGCAGCAGCAAUCAAAAGGAUUGUGAAGGAAAAGCCUCUAAUUGAAGAGGUUACCUACUCACCGGAGGUCAAGUCUCUGACAAAAGCGGUGCCAAAAGGUUUGCUUGAUGAGGAGGGAACCCCCAAGAGAUCGUAUUUCCGUACCAACGCUUAUGCCAAGAACGACAAGUUUGUGGUCAUCAGAGAAGGAGCAGCAAAGGGAGGUAAGCCGCUAUUGGUGUGCAAGGAGUGCGGGUUUCAGACCCCUUACCAGACCAGCAUGAGUGGCCAUCUUAACGGCCACGCCAACUUGAACCCUUUUGUCUGUGGGCUGUGUGGUACGGGUUUUAGGGACCAGUCUAAUUUGAACAUGCACCUGAGGAGUGUGCACGCCGACAGCAGGGACUUUGUUUGUGACGUCUGCUGCAAAAUGUUCAAGACCCAGCGCACUCUGACAGUACAUUACCAACGUCAUUUUGCCAGCCGAAAAUACGUUUGCGACACUUGUGGUAAAGUAUUCAACCAUAUUGCAAGUAUGAGCAUUCAUAAGAGGCAACACAAGGAUACGAAAGAAUAUCAGUGCUCACACUGUGAAAAAUCCUUCUACACGAGAUCUGACCUAUCUCGGCAUGAAUUCAUCCACACUCGUGAAGGCAAACACCAGUGCCAUAUUUGUGAGAAGAAAUUCUUUCGACUUGGGUACUGGCGUGACCACAUGAGAGUUAAACACAAUAUAACUGACGUUGAAAACAUGCCUCACCAUGUUCUGGAUGAACCUUCGAAUGAAACCCAAAUCAGCAGUAGACUAGAAACUCAUGUAUUGGUGGACCAAACCAAUGAUGGACUGGAAAUCCAAACCAAUUCUGGGCUUGAGACCACGUCUAGACUGGUGGUCCAAACAAGUGAUGGAAUAGAAGCCAAUUCCAGACUGUUGGUCCAAAAUAAUGAUGGCAUGGAAGCCCAGUCUGGACUGGUGGGCCAAAAUAAUGAUGGAUUGGAAGCCCAAACCACUUCUGGAAUUGUAACCAGUUCUGAACUGGUGGACCAAAUGAUUGUUGACCUGGAAACUAGUUCUGGCCUUUUGUACAAAACCAGCAAUGAACUGGCAACCAAUUCUGGACUGGUAUUUUUGACAACCGAUGGACUAGAAACAAAUUCUGAAAUGCAUGCAAGUAAUGAACUGGAAACCCAUUCUGGACUGGUAUUCGUGACUAGUGAUGGACUGGAAACAAAUUCUGAAAUGAAGCUGCAAGCCAGUAAUGAACUGGAAACCAAUGCUGGACUUGUGGACCAAACAAGAAUUGGCCUUGAGCCCCAAAUCAUGUUUACUGGAAGGGAAACCAGCCAGGCUAUGACCAUUAUUGAGAUAACAGAUACCAGUGAGAUGACGGAAGCAGUCAAGCAGCCAUCGGGUGAUGACCAGGAGUUUAUCUGUGAUGUCUCCAGCCAAACGUUUAAGUCCGAAGGCAGGAUAGCAGCCCAUUACAAGCAGAAUUUUCAUGGUGAUCAAGCCUAUGUCUGUAACACCUGCGAGAAAUCAUUCAGCAAUCGUAAAAGCCUCUACUCGCACAGGCUAACCCACAAAGAGAAGGCAUAUAAAUGCGGCCAGUGUGAGAAAUCCUUUUACCUGAAGUCUGACCUGACUCGACAUGAAUUCGUCCACACCAGGGUAGGCCAACACAAGUGUGACCUUUGUGAGAGUUCAUUCAAUAGACUGGAAAAGUUGCGUGCACACAUGGCCCUCCAUGAUGUCCCUGAAGAUGAAACUGAGCUGGGAACCACACCUGAAGUUGAAGUGAAACCUGACGAUGAGCCGGGAACCACUUCAAAUUUGACAAAAAGAAAGUCUGCAGUCAGAGAGAAGCGGCCGGGUGCUGACCAGGAGUGGAUCUGUGACGUCUGCACCAAAAAGUUCAAGUCCAAACUCAGGUUAUCUGAGCAUUACAAGCGACACUUUCCCUGUGAUAAAAGCUACGUCUGCGAUACCUGCGGGAAAAACUUCAGCUGGAGAAAUAGCCUAUACCUGCACAGACUGACCCACAAAGAGAGGCCAUAUAAAUGCGGCCAGUGUGAGCGAUCCUUUUACCUGAAGUCUGACCUGACUCGACAUGAAUUCACUCACACCAGGGUGGGCCAACACAUGUGUCAUAUUUGUGGGACAUCGUUUGCAAGACUCAAGAAGUGGCGCGAUCACAUGGCAUGGCAUGAGAACCUGAAUGUAAUAAAACAGAAACCUGAAGAUGGCCCAGGAACCAGUUCUGAUUUGAGAACCUGUGAGGUUGCAGCUAAAGAGGUUUCAAUUGCAGAAGAGAAGAACUGUGUCUGCGAUAUUUGUAACUUAGCCUUCAACACUAAACGCAGACUGACCAACCACUACAAGAGUCACUUUCCCGUCAACAGGCCCUACGUGUGUGACACCUGCGGAAAGGCAUUUAAGCGUAUCUCGAGCAUCAACGAACACAAGAAAAGGCACCGGGAGGCACAGUAUAAAUGUGCGCACUGCACGAAAUCUUUCCAUCUUAAAUCAGACCUGGCCCGACAUGAAUUCAUCCACACUAGAGUUUCCCAACACCAGUGUGAGCUUUGCCAGAAGUCGUUCUGUCGAAUUGAUCACUUGCGUGAGCACGUUAAAAAACAUCACAGCUCCCCCUUUAGUGAAACUACGAAGAAUCAGCCUGCGCGAAGGAAGAAGAAAGAGGUUACGGGUGUUUCUAGACGAGAGACGAGUGAGGCAACUUCUAUGAUAGUGAUGGUUAACCAGGAAGAGGAGAAGCAGCAAGCACCUGAUGAUCUGGAUCUGCCUGACGACCUUAACCUUGACAACGAUGAGGACCAGGAAGGGAAGGACGAGGAGUUUGCUGUUGAUGAUGGCUCUGUCAUAACAGGUAAAGAUGAGGAAGAGACACAGCCCCCACCAGCCGAGGAACCGGAAGACAAUGUAGAGCAUGAGAUGAGGGAGGAGACAGCUGGUGAUCAGGAACAGAAAUAUGAUGAAGACAGACCAGAGGGUGAGGAGGUUGACAACCCAACAGAUGAACAGACAGACACAGACCCCAACAGAAACGAAGAGGAGGGAAAAGAGGAGCAAGGAUUUACACCUCAGGAUAAGCCAACCAUAGCAGAUGAAAACCAAGAUGCAGAUGAGCAGGAGGAAACAGAGGACACUAACCAGGCUGUAGAGCAUUAUGGGAAGACAUCGCAUGACUCCAGUGACAAUGUGGAACAGAGUGAGACAGCUCAGGAUGCUGCAGGGGGAAAAUCUGAAACGGACAAUCAGGAGGUUGCAAUUACAGAGAAGAACUGUGUCUGCAAUAUUUGUAACUUAACCUUCAACACUAAACAAAGUCUGGGCAACCACUACAGAGAACACUUUCCUUAUAACAUGCCCUACGUGUGUGACAUCUGCGGGAAGGUAUUCAGACGUGUCUCGAGCUUCAACGAACACAAGAAAAGGCACAGGGAAGCACAGCAUAAAUGUGCGCACUGCGCGAAAUCCUUCCAUCUUAAAUCUGAUCUGGCCCGGCAUGAAUUCAUCCACACAAGAGUAUCGAAACACCAGUGUGAGCUUUGCAAGAAGUCGUUUUGUCGAAUUGAUCACUUGCGAGAGCAUAUUAUGAAUCAUCACAGCGAUCCCAAUACUGCAACAAAGAAGAAUCAGCCUGCGCAUGGAAAGAAGAAAGAGGUUUCAAUUGCAGAAGAGAAGAACUGGGUCUGCGAUAUUUGUAACUUAGCCUUCAACACUAAACGAAGUCGGGGCCACCACUACAGAGAACACUAUCCCGAUAACAUGCCCUACAUGUGUGACACCUGCGGAAAGGUAUUCAAGGGUGUUUCAAGCAUCAACGAACACAAGAAAAGGCACAGGGAAGCACAGCAUAAAUGUGCGCACUGCGCGAAAUCCUUCCAUCUUAAAUCUGACCUGACCCGGCAUGAAUUCAUCCACACGAGAGUAUCGCAACACCAGUGUGAGCAUUGCGAGAAGUCGUUUUGUCGAAUUGAUCACUUGCUAGAGCAUAUUAAGAAACGUCACAGCGAUCCCAAUACUGCAGCAAAGAAGAAUAAGCCAGUGCGUAGAAAGAAGAAAGAGGUAACGGGUGUUUCUAGACCAGAGGCCAGUGAGGCAACUUCUAUGAUAGUGAUGGUUAACCAGGAAGAGGUGAUUGAGGAGGAAGUCUUUGAUCUGCUGGCAUUUUAACAGUUGAGUCUCGCUCCGGGAAAAUGGGGCUUUAUGAGUGCGUAAAGUGUUUACCCUAAUUAGCCUGUGAAGUCCGCAUAGGCUUAUCAGGGACAACACUUAACACCUUAACUGGAUUUUGGCUGUGAAGAGACUUACUCUUAACAAAAAAUACCAUAAAAGCAGAAAUUGUUGUCCCUGAUUAGCCUGUGCUAAUCUGGGUUGACACUUUACACACAUGCAUUAAACCCAAUUUUCCGUGGUAACAGCUCAUUAUCUACGCAAAAGAAUCAGUCCUUCUGUUGCAAAAUUUUGAAAUUUGCGGGGAUAUCAAUUCAAUAAAUUUGCUUGUUUAUAAUUGAAAUCAGUGUGUUAAAUCACAUGGUAGAUUUAAAACAUAUUCCGUAUUCUUGAAGAUUUUGUCCUUGUUCAUAUCGGAGUAUGUUUUGUUGUGAUUUUUGUUUUUUCUGCAGACAAAAUUGUUCUGUUCAGUACUUAAUUUCUUACGCAGUUGUUAGAAAUGUACAAGUAUAUUGAUUUUAAUUGUACAAUGUAUCUUCUAAGGGAAAAAAAGCAUAUACCCCGGUAUGUAUGAUUUAUUUAUAAAUUGAUAUGUUUUAUCUUUCUUUUUUUAUUAUGCAGGAUGUAAUUAUCAUCCUUUGUGAUAUAUAAUGUAUGUAUAUGCAUGUCUUUGAAAUGCUUGACAAUCAUAGAUCUGUUUAUGCCUAUAUUGUUUUUGGCCUGUCUGUCUGUCAUUCAUUCAUUGUAUGUGUGUCCCAAAACUUUAACCUUGGUUAAAGUUUGAUAACUUUUGCAUUAUUGAAGAUAGCAACUUCAUAUUUGGCAUGCAUGUGUAUCCCACAGAGCUGUAUAUUUUGAAUGGUGAAAAGUCAAGGUCAUCCUUCAAGGUCAAAGGUCAAAUAUCAUUGUAUUUUUAUGCCCCUGGAUCGAAAGAUCAGGGGCAUAUUGUUUUUGGCCUGUCUGUCUGUCAUUCAUUCAUUGUGUGUGUCCCAAAACUUUAACCUUGGUUAAAGUUUUGCAAUAACUUUUUCAUUAUUGAAGAUAGCAACUUGAUAUUUGGCAUGCAUGUGUAUCUCAUGGAGCUGCACAUUUUGAGUGGUGAAAGGUCAAGGUCAUCCUUCAAAGUCAAAGGUCAAAUAUAUGGCUUCAAAGCGGUGCAAUAGGGGGCAUCGUGUUUCUGACAAACACAUCUCUUUUUUUAAGUUAUUUCAUGAUAAAUCAAUUAAAAAUAUAUUUAAUAUGUUUUACUCUUAAAGAUGUUACUUUCAUGUUUUAAUGCAUAGAAAUAAAUACAAAUUAAGGUCA